UUGUUGUUCUUGUUUGAUCCCAAUGGGGCAAAAUGACGUUUUGUAAAAUUAUAAAUUGUACGACGUCUGUAACCUGUAUUUAGUGUAGUGUCAUUCUAAAAAAGUGGAUAAAAAACGCAAUAAAUCUAUUGAAACGAAAAAGUGGACGAUGUGUGACAUGGUCAUGCUCAAUUUCUUUACUGUAGCAAUAAAUCGUACUUGUAGACAAAUCUAAAUAGAAGCGAUCAGAAUGGAUGAACGGAGGGUUGCCGAUUAUUUUGUGGUGGCUGGUUUGCCUGAGAAACCUGAACUUCUGGAUGACUCUGACUCUGGACACCUCAAAGGGUACAGCACUAAACCACCAAUCACUGAUAUAGGCGUAAUAUUCCCCGGUCUUGGCGAGACGGUGCCCAAUGGCUACGAACUUAUGGAACUGACGCCAACAGGGCUACCGGCUGACCUGAACCAUGGGUCCAUGAGAUCCCCAGAAUGCUUCCUUUGCAUACGGAGGGGACGGGAUCGGCCGCCACUUGUGGAUAUUGGCGUCAUGUACGACGGCAAAGAACGCCUAAUGGCGGACGCCGAAAUGGUUCUGGUGUCAGUUGGCGGUCGCCUGGCCAACGUGAACAAUUCGACCGCCAAAACCUUCAUAACCUACCGUCGGGCGCACCCUACAGCGCCGUGUAAUGCACUCGUGGUUGUCGAUGUGUGCGUCAUCGUGGCAAGUAAAGGGGAGUGUCCACCGCACGCGUUUUGCAUGAUCGCCAAGAAUCUGAAUAAAGGUUUAAUGGGCAGCGAUGUUUUUCUGUGUUAUAAGAAGUCGAUGAACCGUCCUCCUCUAAUAUCUUACAAGCCAGAAGUUUUAUUUAGGUAUCCAACAAUAGACCGCCGCAGUCUAGCUUUCCCCACCUCGGUGCCGCUGUUCUGCCUCCCCAUGGGAGCGACCCUGGAGCUGUGGCCCAACAACGCUGCCACGCCUAAGCCUGUGUUCUCAACCUUCGUACUGACGGUUGCUGAUGCUACAGACAAGGUGUACGGUUCAGCAGUGACAUUCUACGAGAGCUACCCUCACACGCAGCUUACCGAAUCACAAAUGGAGAUGCUGGGAUGGCGCGCUAAUGUGUCUCAUAGUACACACUCGACGCAUAUCAACAAAUGCGUCUGUUUGCUGUCGCGAUGGCCCUUCAGUGAUACUUUCGAGCGGUGGCUGCUGUACAUACUCGAAAUGUCAUGGAGUAAACAACCGCUAACGAUACCAAUCGAGCGGUACAUCACACAUUUAUUAGAAGAGGUGCCAUUCCCUGAGCCUAGGAUUCUAUUACAGCUAUCGCCAACAAACGCCCACGACCGAGUCAUAGUGACGCGAAGGGACGACCAACCGCUAGUGAGGAGCGGCGCGGGCUUCAGGCAACUGCUUCUCAACUUGGGGCCGGACAACUGCCUGCUGCUACUGGCGUUGGCCAUCACGGAGCAGAAGAUAUUGAUACACUCGCUGCGGCCAGACACAUUAACAGCUGUAUCGGAAGCGGUGUCAAGUUUAUUAUUUCCCUUCAAAUGGCAGUGUCCUUACAUACCAUUAUGUCCAUUAGGUCUGGCAGAAGUGUUGCACGCACCUUUGCCAUACUUAAUAGGCGUCGACUCAAGGUUUUUCGACCUUUACGAACCCCCGCCAGAUGUGACGUGUGUCGAUUUAGACACAAAUAACAUCACAAUUUGCGAAUCACAACGGCAUAUAUCGAUAAAAUUAUUACCGAAACGGCAAGCGAGAUUUCUAAGACAAACAUUAGAAGUUUUAUAUGGCAGCAUACGACCGGCAUCACCUAUACACCAUUCUAGUGAUAGUAAAUUCAAUGGAGAACCCACAACAAGUUUAGAUAGAGAUUUCCAAAGAAGGAAAAAAGAGCAAGCAUUAGAGUUGAAAAUCCAAGAAGCGUUUCUUCGGUUCAUGGCGGUGACGCUACAAGGGUACCGCAGCUACCUCAUCCCCAUCACGAAGGCACCGACUGUGGGAACUACGGACCCCCACGCGCUGUUUCAUAUGGACGCGUUCCUUAGAUCGAGGGAUAAGACGCACCAACGUUUCUUCGCGCUAAUGAUGCGAACGCAAAUGUUCACGCGUUUCAUCGAAGAGCGUUCGUUCGUUUGCGACGUCGAUCAAGGUCUAACGUUCUUCGACGAGUGCAUCGAGCGAGUGGCGGCGGGAGACGAGCCGUUACUAGGAAUGGACAAUACGAAUACGUCUGAACGGACCGUGUUUGUGUUGCCGCCUGAUCCGCCUGACCCUGACGAAGUAUACACGUACGAGAAAUUCGAAUUGGACAACGCUCUCGUGGCCAAAUGUCGGAGUCGAACCAGAAGCGGUGCGGUGCAAAGCUUACCAGCGGCCGCGCUCGCCUCGGCCGAGUCUUUAGCGGACGCUUCACCUAUGGCGAGGCGGACGAAACACGAAAUCGCUGCUGCACAGAGGUUGGCCCGCAAAGCAAGUUUAUCACCAGAGGCGUGGGCUAAGUGUCUCCUAGGCGCUUGCUACUCGCUUUACUUCCUAGCGUUACCGUGUCGUCUACAACUGAGUCGCGGGAAGGAGCACGCGACUUUGCGGGCUGCGUUUGAACUACUGGAGCGGGCUACGAAACUGAGGGUGCCUUGUGACGAGGUCUGCUACCGCGUGAUGAUGCAGCUGUGCGGUAUUCAUUCACUACCAGUGUUGGCUGUACAACUCCUGUUUCUAAUGAAGCGCGCUGGAUUACAACCUAACGCGCUCACCUAUGGAUACUACAACCGCUGUGUAUUGGAGGCUACGUGGCCUAAGGAUAUGCCCAGCGGUUCCCAGCUACUCUGGAACAAGCUUCGUAUAGCAGUGAUGGGCGCGGCGUUGUUCCGCAAAGCGGGCGCGCAACGAGCCAGCCGCGCCGCCAGUGCCGGACUUAGCACGACCUCUGCUGGCAGCAGUGGCACGUUACCUCGCGUGCGUUCGGCAGCGGCCGUGGGCGAAGGCGGCGAGUUGUCCGCUCUGGCGGGACUGGCAGCGUGCGAACCCGCUCUCAGUCGGACUAGCUUGGACUCGGGCAGGGAACAGGAGGCGCGUUCCACCGCGUUCGAAGCGCUGAUCCGUCGCGGGAACAUCGUGCGCGCCACGCCGGCACGCCCGCACGUGCCAGCUAUGUCCACCGCGGCAGGGAUACUCAUCACAGGAAUGCCCUCAAACCCCGACUUGACUGAAACAGCAAGACCCCGAAGUAACUCUUUAGGCAACGAAGACACUAGCAGUACACCGUUAACUAUUUCUGAAAAGAGACAGACCAUACACGUUAGUCCGGACAGUCCGUCAGAUUUGAGAAUUCUAACAAGGUCAGAGAGUUUCGCUGGCGAUGCACAGAUUAUACAGAAUCUACAGAGGCUAUCAUUCGGUGGAGUGUCAAAUCCAAAAUCGCGGUGCACGCGAGCCCUCAGUUUCCCCGAAGAGCCCGACAAAGAGGCAGCUGCGACGGAGUCAUUAGAGGCGAAGACAUCACCAUUGAAACUAUCGCCUAGAACUCCAGUGCUAUCAGACGACCCACUAGGCGCGCUCGCCGAGCCAGCCCUUGAGCCCAUCCCCCCACCCCCCUCAGAAGAACCUCAAGCCCCUCGCCACGAGUUCAGUGUCAGCCCCAAGCUGUUCCAUCGCAGAAGCAACUCGUUCCAGGACGACCCGCCUGAGGACCACCAAGGGAAACUGCACAGAAGUGAGACGGCGCCAGGCGGGACGGUGUCUUCUAGUCUUGCAAGCUUGGGGAACACUUUGAAGAUUAGUUUCGGACGCUAUUCGCCUGCCCGCCUCUCGUUGCGCAAGGAUAACAUGAAAAUCGGCAAGGCUAUCGAGACGUACUUCAGCCCAACAAGUAUAGCUGGUAAGAAGUCAAACGAGCUUCUCCAAAGCGGCCUCAGCAGUCUCAAAUCCGCCGCUACGAGUAUGGCCAAAAAGUUUGAUGAGAUGAAAGAAGUCAUUUCGGCCAACUCGACGCCAGUAAAAGGCGCUAUUGGCAACGCUACUAGCGCCCUGAGCAGUCUAAUAGCGGAGGAAGACUCGACUGACGGCUCUUCGGAGAUCAAUCCUGAUGAGUGGGUCGGAGGUAUCGGGUUCAGACGCGCGUCCAGCGACGCCGAGCUAGCGUGCUCUAUGGAGAGAGGCUCGCUCGCUACGCUACUCUCGCAUCUGCCCGACAACCUCUAUCCACCUAAUAACGAUGACCCGAAAUCCUCUCCGCCACCAGUCAUCGUUCACAUGUCGUCGUGCUCGCAAUGCCACCAGUGCCUGGCGCUGUUAUACGACGAAGACAUUAUGGCGGGCUGGGCGGCAGACGACUCCAAUCUUAAUACGCGUUGUACUGCGUGCGGGCGUCAUACGGUGCCGCUGCUGUCUGUACAGAUCGUCCGAACAAAUCAAACACAAGCAGAAAUACUUAGCGUGCCUUAUCUAAACCCCUUGGUGUUGCGGAAAGAGUUCGAAUCAAUAUUAAGUAGAGAAGGAGAUACGUGUCUAGCGGAGCCAGAAUUCGUAGAAUCGCAUCCGAUCGUAUAUUGGAAUCUGGUGUGGUUCUUAGAUCGUGCCAACAUCGAAAACCAUCUGCCUGAUCUCCUGUGCCCAGAUUUCCAGGCCAAAUAUUUGAGCUUGGACGCUCUUACGGAGACUGAUAAAGUUGGUUGUGCAGUGCGUUGUAGCUGGGACGUAGCCCGUCUGCAUGGUGAGGCGGGAGCGGCGCUGCACCGCGCGUGGCGAGCGCGCCGCGCUGACCAUCAGCGCUCGCGAGCGCUGCAAGCGCUACUGCUGACUGAGCGAGACACCUCCGCUGCCAACUCUGUGAUAUUAGCAUUACUGGACGGUCUGCUGAGCAACGACUUAACGGAGGCGCUACAGAAGCUAGCGACGUGGCGGGAGAACACAUCGGGCAACAAACGCUUCCAUUCUUAUUACAGAGACAUCCUAUUCCUCGCGAUGGCAGCUCUCGGCGAGAACAACAUCGACCUCAUAGCUCUCCAGAAGGAAUACACCCGAGCCCUUGAACAGUUGGGAGGCGAGGCACGUCCUCACGACCUCCCACCUUCCCCUACGGCCGUCUGCUGUCGUCACUACUUCAAGCGGUUGAGGCUAGACUUUGAGGACUAAACAUCACCUGCGGAGCAACUUUGACACUUACUGACUAGUCUUAAGAUUGAAAAUAAUACCUACGGCCGUCUGUUGUCGUCACUACUUCAAGCGGUUGAGGCUUGACUUCGAGGACUAAGCAUCACCUGCGGAGCAAUUUUGACACUUAUCUACUAGUCUUAAGGUUGAAAAUAAUACAGAACAGUUGGGAAGCGACCUCCCAUCCUCUCCCACGGCCGUGUGUUGUCGUCACUACUUCAAGCGGCUGAGGCUAGACUUUGAGGACUAAACAUCACCUGCGGAGCAACUUUGACACUUACUGACUAGGCUUAAGGUUGAAAAUAAUACAUACGGCCGUCUGCUGUCGCCACUACUUCAAGCGGUUGAGGCUAGACUUCGAAGACUAAAUUACACCUGUGGUAGCAACUUUGACACUUACUGACUAGUCUUAAGGUUGAAAAUAAUACAUAACAGUUGGGAAGCGACUUAGCCCGUAUAUGGCCGUCUACUGUCGUCACUACUUCAAGCGGUUGAGGCUAGACUUCGAGGACUAAGCAUCACCUGCGGAGCAACUUUGACACUUACUGACUAGUCUUAAGGUUGAAAAACAGUUGGAAGGCGAGCCGCGUCCUUACGACCUCCCUCCUUCCCCUACGGCCGUCUGUUGUCGUCACUACUUCAAGCGGCUGAGGCUAGACUUCGAAGACUAAAUUACACCUGUGGUAGCAAUUUUGACACUUAUUGACUAGUCUUAAGGUUGAAAAUAAUACAGAACAGUUGGGAAGCGACCUCCCACCCUCUCAUACGGCCGUCUGCUGUCGUCACUACUUCAAGCGGCUGAGGCUAGACUUCGAGGACUAAGCAUCACCUGCGGAGCAACUUUGACACUUACUGACUAGUCUUAAGGUUGAAAAUAAUACAGAACAGUUGGGAAGCGACUUCCCACCCUCAUACGGCCGUCUGCUGUCGCCACUACUUCAAGCGGUUGAGGCUAGACUUCGAGGACUAAGCAUCACCUGCGGAGCAACUUUGACAUUUAUUGACUAGUCUUAAGGUUGAAAAUAAUACGCCCGAGCCCUCGAACAGUUGGGAACCGACCUCCCGCCCUCCUACGGCCGUCUGCUAUCGCCACUACUUCAAGCGGUUGACGCUAGACUUUGAGGAUUAAAUCACCAGAGGAGCAACUUUGACACUUAUUGACUAGUCUUAAGGUUGAAAAUAAUACGCCCAAACCCUCGAACAGUUGGGAAGCGACCUCCCACCCUCCUACGGCCGUCUGUUGUCACUACUUCAAGCGGUUGAGGCUAAACUUUGAGGAUUAAAUUACCUGCGGAGCAACUUUGACACUUACUGACUAGUCUUAAGGUUGAGAAAGCAAUUUCAUCCUCUGGCUUUUAUGACAAUAUCCGCGCUCUAUAACAGCUGGAAGAAAGGACUAGACUAAGCAUCACCUGCGGUAGCGACUUUGAAACUUACUGACUAGUCUUAAGGUUGAGAAAGCAAUUUCAUCCUCUGGCUCAUAAAACUUAACUCCUACGCUUUAGAACAAGACAACGAUGUAAGAACUUCGUCGGCCACAAAUUGUAAUUCAUAUUUUCUUUAUAGCACACCUUGGCUGUUAAAUCAUGACACAGAAACUCGAUCAAUACACAUCUCUGCGUUAAUUUCACCAGGUUGAUAAUGUGGCGAUCUAAACACUGAGAUGUAUUUGUUAAUUUCGCUGCCAAGAUUUCGUGGUAGAAGUGUGUUACCGCCAUCAAUAGUGAGACCUUUGGGCACUAUUACACGUCUAUUCUUCGGUACCAAACCCAAUAUUUGUUAUUUCGAGCAGCGUAUAGUCAUUCUCUAUUUACGGAAUGAUGUAAUGUCAAUGGCAACUAACACUUGGUUUGAUUGUAAUUACAUAGUUAUUCUCUGCUAGGGAAAGGUUCUUAGGACGUCUCAUUUCACUU